AUGGUACUGAUUGUGAACAACAUUUCGAGUGUCAAGCAGUUACUCACAGUAAAUCCACGGUACGGAUUCACAGUUAAUGUAAGUUUUUUUAAAUAUAUUGAAUUUUAGGUAACAAUGGUUAACAAAAGGGUGUGUAACAACAUAAAGCACAGUUUAUACCGGAAAGAUGUUACCGGAAGCUUCAAAGAACUGUUAGAUGUUUUAUAAUGGUGUAAACUGUUAGUUUAUUACUGAUUUGAUUAAGUUUGAACUAAAAGAAGUCUGAAUUUAACUGAGAGACGUAAAUUGAAGUGUAUCGAACCUUUAAAAGAAUGUUUUGAGCUUUUAGUGUUUAAAGUAGUGUUUGGGUGCACGUUUCUUACUUUUCCGUUUGAAUUUGGGUUGUUUGUGAACAAAUUUUAAGGAGGAUGGGUUAGGGUUAUGUUACUUAUAGUUUCUUUUCUAAAACGGAGGCUUCUUGUUACCUAAUUUGUAAAAUUUUUUAUUUUGAAGAGUAUUAAAUAGUGUUUUAUUAGUGAAAAUGUAUAAAAUAUGUGUAUAUAACGUUGUUAUUGGUUUUUGUUUUACUGCUGAGUUGAACUAUUGCUUUGUUCUGAUUUGUAGUUGUUAUUGUAGUGAGUAGGUAGCUUUUUUAAAAAGUUUUCAGUUAUUUUUAUUACGUUUUCUGACAAUUUUUAUUUUCAGAGAUGUUUCAGCGAUUGGAGGAAUGGUAUUUUCCCUAAAGGUAAGUCUGUUUCUUUGUUUUUGUAGAAAUAAGGUCUUAUAGUUAAUACGUUUUGAUAACGAUCUAACAAAAACAAAAUUCACUUUUGUGCCUUUCUUUAUCAAAAAGUGUUUUAUUUUUAAGCUUUUUCUUGAAUAUUGAGAUAUUUUAAAAGAAAUCAGCUAAUGGCGUUUUUAAAAAAUAUAAAUUUGUCUAUUUUAGGCCAACAGCGGGUCUACUAGUAGUUAGGCGGUUUUUCUAUACAUGGGCAUGCUCUCUGCUUUUACUUUUCAGAUUACAUUUUGAUUAAAAUGAGAUAUAUUCAGACUAAAAUGACAUUUUAAAGUUUAAUUUUGUCUGCUUUUCUCAAAACAUAAAAUAUUAUAGUAGUUGGUAAAAACAAAAGUUCGAAAGACCUAUUCUUAUGUUAUGUGUAAUAUCUCUGAAGGAUUUGUUUGCUUUUACUGUAAAAACUUUUGGAACGCGAUAGCUUUGGUCCGACUUUGAGACUGGUUUUAGCCUCAAGCUUUUAGGUCAAAGAGGAUUUUGGGUAUAAUCUUGUAUUUGUUGUCUUACAUUAAGAUCCUUAUUGUAUUAAUAUCUGUUUAGUAUGAUUUUUGAUUACAAUAUGUUUAUGUUGUUAGUAUAGUAUUUUCUUUUAGAGAAGUUCCGUAAAACGCUGAUGAGAAGUAGUGGUCCCGGAGGGCAGAAUGUUAACAAAGGUAAGAGCUUUCAAGUUUUUUUUUGUUUUUAUGGUCAAAAAGUUUGUAGCAAAAGUUUAAAUUUUCAGUAUCAUAAUUUAGAGAGUCAGUAUUAUAAUUUAUAAUAAAUAUUUUAACCUGCCACUUACAGUAAACACCAAAGUGGAGAUCCGUUUCGACCUGAACGAAUGCGACUUUCUUCCGAGUUCAAUUUGUGAGCGAUUAGUAAAAAAAUACCCGAAUAGGUACAACAAACUAGGCGAGUUUAUGAUAACAUCGGACGAAAUGAGGACAGCUGUAGGUUGAACUAUAUUCGAGGGGCGAUCUUUGCAUUAUUUCCGUUAUAUUGUUACGCAAAAUCUGCAUUAAGUCGUUAUGGGUCUAAAAGUCAAUGGAAAAGGCGUCAAUUGGGAUAGAUUGAUUUUUUUGAAUUCUUUUAAUAGUUGAAUUUAAGGUUCUGUUCAAGUGGCAAAGACAAUGAUUUUGAUCGCGAUUCUAUUGUUUUUUGAAGGGGGUGGGGAAUGGUUUUGUAAUUUCAUUGCAUUUAAAGGUCAUUUUUACAAUUUUACAGUUCAGUCAGUCUAUUUUGAAUUUCUGGGUUCUUUUUGGAUUUAGGGUGAUUUUUGGGGUGGAUAAUGUUUUUGGUGGUUUUUCAUUUGUUCCUAGUAAAAAAGUGCAUUUUAAUCGUUUUUCUGUGUGAUGAUAAACAUCUUUGAAGGAAAACAACCAAGAUAAACGUUUUUCAAAUACUUAAGCGUAUAUUUUAUUAUACUUGAAGUAUAUAGUAAAAUACACGUUUUCUUUGUUUGUACUCGAAGUUUGAGUACUAAAAUCGCAUUCUUUCGGUAGUAAAGGAACUAAUUUUUACUUUUUUUUAGGUUUUGCAGUUUAUUUUUUUGAAUAUUUUUGAACUUCAUAACCGUUUAUUUUAAAAAAAAAACAAGAUUUUCAAACAAAAACUUCAAAAAUUAAAUAAGGAGUACUAAAAGGUGCCUUUUAACUCAACUUUUCAAUAAAACUCAAAGGUUUUAGGAGAAGAACGAGCAGAUUUGUUAUGAAAAGUUACAAAAUAUGUUGUUGUUGACGGAGAAAGAGCUGAAAUUCGAAAAUCGAGUCCCAACCGAGCAGGAUAAUAAGGUUUUGCAGGAAAAGUAGGUCGAAUAUGAGCACGAUUUAUGAGUUUCAGACGGGAAAGGGCGGCCAAGAUUAGGCGGACGGCCAAGGAAACCCAGAAAAUGAAGAGGAAAUGGCGUUCCAUGGAGUUUGAUUAG